AUGUUAAUUUUGUCUAUUAUUUCAAUCUAUUAUUUCUGCAUAAAUGGAAUUCAUUCACAAAUAUUACAACAUUUAGAAAAGAAUUAUUCGUGUACUUCAUUUAUGCAUCCAUUACGUGAUGAACAGAUAAGAUCUAAAGUAAAGGAUCUUUUAAAUUCAUGUAAUUCUGAAUAUACUCUACUAGUAAACAGAUUUAAUUUUCAUUCUGGAAUAUGUUCUCUACAAUACGAGUAUGAUGAAAGAAUCUUUGGUCAACCUCAGUGUACUGAUAUUGUAAAUAAAAUAUUGGAUUCAGCUCCACAUAUUACAUGGGGUUCUGAAUGGGGUUGUUAUGAUUCAUUACUACCAAUAAAUGUCACCGGUUACUAUCAAAUUUAUACAGAACCAGUAGAAAUGGUUACAAUGGGUUUAACUGCUUACACUAAUGCAUAUUGUUCUGUAAACAGUCUGCAUAUAAGAUAUGAAGUUCCACUGGUUUGUCAAAUGAAUAUCUUCGGUGGAUACAGUUGGUUGCCAAUUAAAGAACAUUCAUGUACAGUUCCAGAAUUUGAAAUGCCACGUUUUAGUGAAUUAAAUGAAUAUAAGAAAAGUCCAAUCUAUUGUUCAUUACGCAUAUUUUUCUUAUAUGGUUAUUUGAAAGUUGGCCUAGACAGUAUUUCAACACGAAUUGAGAAUACAAUUAACACACUUUCACAAGAUUGUCAAUCUCAUGAAAAAUGGAUAUUUGAAAGCAUUUAUAAAGAUUUACUCAAUAUAUUCGAUCUGCUUAUCUAUCAUUCAGUGAGAAAAACAGAUGAGUUACAUAAAACUAAAUAUUGA